AUGGUCGGAGCCUGCGGAGCCUCGUGCCUGGACUCGUUAACAGAUUGCUGUCGCCUGCGUCAGGUCCAGUCUCUUCUCCUUGGGGGAGGUGCCACCACUCCUGAUGGCAUCCUGUGCUCUCUUGGAAUUGACAGCAGAUAUAAUGGGGGGUGCACUGAGCUGGCCAAAUACCUUUUCUACGGACUCUACGGAAGAAAUCAGCUGAAUCUGGAUCACGUCCUUGAGGAGUUUCCUGAGGAAAUGCUCGAUGAUGUGAUCCUGCUGAUCAAGGCCGAGUGUGUUCAUCUGUACUGCAACCCACUGAACUACAGUUACCUGUUGCCCUACGUCUCUCACUGGAGGAACCUGCAUCUUUACUGCAUGACAGAGGCAGAGUAUGAAGACGAGGAAGCCGCAGAGGAAUUCAAAAUCUCCAGCUUUGUGAGGAUGGUGCAGGACUGCUAUCGGAUCGGAGUGCCGUACAGCUCCCAGGGACACAUCCAGAAGUUUGAUAUGUUCACGGUGGAAAAGUGGCCCCUUAUUCAAGCAUUUGCUUUGGAAGGCAUCGGUGGAGGAAGCUUUUUUACCAUUAAAUACAAGCUCAUAGAUAUAAGUGAGAAACUUUGGCAGGUGUACACCAGACUGGACCCAGUGUCUCUGGACAGCCUUCUCGCUGAGGACUUAAUUAACUUUGAGAAGCAGUGGAGUGGCUUUUUCUCCAGCAUGGACCUGGAGAGCCAUCUGUCCAUCCUCGAGCUGUCUGAAGCUCAGGCAGGGGAGGCAUUCCGUUCUUAUUACUCUCACGGACUGAUCUCCAGCAACAUCACAGAUAAAAGUAAAAGCCAGCAGCCCUUUGUGUUGUUUGGGAAGCACUCGUCGUCAGAGGACCUGGAGAACGAUUCGUUCAACUUUCCUUCAGAAAGUCAUCAGGUCCGCAACACGGGGCCUCAGGGUUCCACAGCCACACACAUGGUUCUGCAGUGUGUGGCUCCUAAAGGACCGUUAGCCUGCUCCAGAACCUAUUUCUUUGGGACCACCCACUCUCCAUACCUGGGAAAUCAAAAUGCGGAGCAGAAGAAAAUCGAAGUCUUACUUCUAUCACAGAUUUAUUCAGCUGCUGUUCAAGCCGUCCUUUCAGGAAUCAAAUGCUACUCCUGCACAUCUAGCGCCACCAAAGCCAAGGAUGUAGCAGAGAACACCUUCCUCGUGGCUUUGGACCUAAUGAAUUUAAGCCAGUACCGCAGUUUUCUCAGGUCCAAAUGUGAAUUCAGCAUUCAGGCGGUGAACAAGGACGGGAGGAUUAUUCCUCUGACUGAUAAGGAAAGCCGUUAUGUGUUGAAAACAGCCUCCAUGACCAUCCAUGACAUCCCCGACCUGCAGAGCAACAGAGGCGACCUGGGCUCUGUCGUCUUCUCUGAAUCCUUCUUAGAGUCCAGCAUCAAUAUCCAGCAGAAAGAUGGCACUGUGUCCUCAGACAGCUGCUACACCAUCCUGACGACAACUGUGCCUCGCUAUGCCUGCUGGCUGAUGGAAGCGGAUGUAAAGCAAUCUGAGCAGGCCCAGCAUCUUACGAAGAAAGAGGAAGGUACUUGUUUGGGAGCCGCUCUGACUGUAGCAGAUGCUGCAUAUGUUUUCUCCAGCAGCCAGCUCUCCACGCCUGAAGAAGGGAAGAUCAUCUUCUUCUCUGAGGGGAUCCUGUUCAUACACUCUCAGUACGGGAGCAUUACUCUGUCCAGGGAUCACAUCAGCACCAUCAAGUUCUAUGAUCCGGACUCCAGUGCUGUGGCUUCUCUCUUUGUAGAGUACGACAGCAGCCUCCUCCCACACCUCCCGUUCCCUCUCCACAGCUCGGACCAAUGUCUGGUCUUUGCUCUUCAGCCGAGGUCAAAGAGCCACAGGGCCUUUUAUUCCAAGGUUUUUUCAGUGUGGCAAAGCUCUGAAUCUGGACUCACUCUGCAGCUACUGGACCAAGAUCAACUGAGUUGGACCCAAAAAAACAUGCAAACCAGACUCCAGAAGCUGCACAACAGUCAGGAGCCACCAGUGGCCAAACGCAGAGGCAGCCUGAAGACUUCAUACUCUCAGCUGCCAGAGCAGGACAUGUUUCUUCAGCACUUUGCUCUGAGUAGCAUCAGCCAGGAGCCCAUUCUGUACGACCACCUGGGAGUGCUCUUCCCCUCCGCAGAGCUGAAGAACCCAGUCGCUGGGCAGGGAGACAAGGUUGUCAUUACCAUCGUCACUGGACUCCCUGGAAGCCACAAGAAAAGACUCUGUGACUUCCUGGUCCAGCUGAACAAGGAACGUGGACGGUGGGUGGUGUACGAGCCUGGUUCCGACAGCUUCUCGGCCUCUCACCUCCAGCAGUAUUUGUCCAGCUUCCUGGAGAUCCAGAGAGGGCGAGGAGGGAAACCCCGUCUGUUGGUGCUGUCACCCGGUUACACAGAUGUUCUCGAUGUGGUCCAGGCUGUGCUUUUCCACCCUGACCCAGUUAUACAAGCGUGUUUCUCCAUCGGGGCCGUCACUGCCUCUGUGGACCCAUCUGCUUCCUGUUUGGAGCACAGGUUUGCUUUUCCCAAGCUGUUGGAGCAGUGCAGCCAAGGUAUUGUGAGUACAGUGGUGUUCACGGGGCUGACAGCGGAGCAGAAGCACCCUCUCAUGCAGCAUGUUCAGCAGUUGGUACGCUCUGCCAACCCCACUGCAGCCUUCAUCCUCGCAGAGAGAGGAGCUGUCACCAGGAAUGAGGAUGUGAACCUGAUACUGUCUGAGACCAGCUUCCAUGAGCCACAGAUGCUCAGAGCGCGUUAUGUCCUCUACCCUGGAUGGUGCAAAGGGCGCUUCUUCUCCGGUUCUGGGUCUCUGGUCCUCACCCAGCAGCGCGUGGCUUUCAACCGGCCCCUGGAGAGGCCUCUAUUUGUUGCCCGGUGUAAAGCACUCAAGUCAUCACUGAAGCCCAGCCCCUUCCGUGGAAACGUGUACAACGUUAAGGGAAAAGUCAAAUUCUCUGACUCAGAACAAGUGAUGGAGGUGAGCUACAACACAGUGAGCGGGAGCCUGAGCAUGGUCUCAGACCAGGGCGCUGACCCGCUCGGCCCGGGCCCCAGAGAGACCAGCGCUUCCUGCUUCCUGGUCUUUGAUGGCAUCGGCCUGACGGAGGACGGACUGAAGGACUGGAUCAGACUGUGCACCAAGCAGAGACAAACAAAGAAGCCGAAGAAAACUAAAAAUAGUCUUUCGCCACAUGAAAUCAAGACUAUACAUAUGACCAGACACUUGGACCCACUGCCAUCGGGAUACUUCUACAACGGUUAUCAAUAUGUUGACAUCUUUGGAGAAAAGAGGAGCUUCCAUCCCAACAUGGAGGAGUUUGUGAAGGAGUACAUUGCAGAGGCCAACAAAGAGAUCGAGCUAUUCAACCGUCAGCUGGAGCUGCUGGGACAGCCCGACCUGUUUGAUCCAUGAUGGAGUCUGUGCGUGUACGUCCACUGCCUCCAUCUGUCUUAUUUAACUCUAAGGCAACCACUGUGGGAGGGGUAGGGGGGGUUACAGGGUUUAUAUACCGAACACUAGAAUGGUCAAUGUGUGUUCACACCACAUGUAUCUGCAGAAACCACUGCUGCUGCAGGUCCAUUCAUUUUCUGUGUCGCAGUGUCUCCUGAUGUGAUGGCACGAAAUGACAUCACCCGUCCGAGGCCGGUUGUGUCACAUCGUGGCCGUUUGCCUCUCUGUCGUCUGCAGCACCGCUAACCGAGCAGUUAGCGCUUUGGCGAGUCAGGUGUCGCUUAUCAAAUGAAAAGUGGCAAAUGGAUGUGGUCACUCGUGUUAGUUCAAAUCAAGACACGUUCGUCAAGAGAUGAGACUUGUUCACAGCUGCAGGCAAAUCUGAAACCCAAGCCAGCACAAGACUCCAUCUUUAAACCGAUGUGAUUGCACCACUAAGCCUGCGAGCUAAGAGACUUUCACAAUUGAAGGGAAUUUCCAGCCACUCGCUCCUACAGCUUGUGCCUUUCUGUUUAUCACAGUUGGCAAAUUAAAACCUCUAUUUCUGGACAGGCAUGGAUAGCCGUGUGAUUCUGGUGAGCUCCCUGGUGGGGUUUCUCAAGAAUCGCUCCUCCUCUGUUGUCACCCAAUCCACGGCCCACCUGUUAGCUUGUCUGCGUGCCGUGCUGCGGCAGAGGGAGCGCUUGGCUAUGGAGCUGUAAACAUUGGACAGCCUGUUGGCUGCAGACAGCUGAUGGAUGAUGCCAUUAAUCACAUAGCUCUACGCCACCCAGUGCUUUAUUUUAAGACUCCUAAAGUGAAUCUAAUGAAAGUUCAAAAAAAGCAGACUUCAGUCCCCACAGCAGGUCGUAUUAUAGAACAGCUGAGGCUUACACCGCAGUCACAUGAACAUUAGAAACCUUAAAGCACUGCAUUCUGGGAGUUAAAAUGCUGCUCGUUAUCGGUGAGAAACCAGACAGACACAGAAAGGUGAGGAACACGUCCCUGCAGCCGGGUGUGGAUCACACAUUUCACUGUUUUGAUCAAAAUUGUAUUUUGUUUUCACGUGUGAACAUUCCCCCUCUUUACAUAUAUAUUUGGGGUUUCUACGUUUGGGUCGGACAAAGGGCAAAUGAAAUAUUCUUGGGAAGCGUCGGUGAGGUCUGGGUAAACAUGAGUAGAGCCUCUCGUGAACGGUUUUGUAUCAGUGAUGUUGCAGAGGAUCAGGGUUUGUGAUCUGAUUGAAUCAGUAGUUAUAUGCGAUCGUGUGUCACGCUAAUGUUCCACUCCUCAGGGUUCCUCCACACAUUUAAAAAUCUCCCACUCUGUGUUGUCAUGUUUACAGCAGCAGAUUUUACUGUAACACACAGAUUCACAAUCAGAAGCUUUUCAAAACAGAAGUGUGGUAAAUAAUUAGAGACGGAAAGUUAAGAGACGUGUAGGAACCCUGUUACAGUGUCAUUCAUUCCGGGGUCAGCAGUGUAACAGUGAAUUAAUCAGACCACAGACUGUAAAUAAAGAUGGAGGACACAUCUCCACUUCCUCCAGUUUUACAGAAAUGAAGCCAGAAUGUCCCCAUUUUUUAUAAUAUCACAUAACUGAUUAAAACAUCAGAGUGAUUAGAAUUAAAUCUUACAUCAAAUCUUGUCCAUCGACCGGCAGGUGGUGAUCAAGAGCUUCACUUUUGCGGAGCUGUGAUGUCGUCAGUCUUUAUUUACAGUCUAAGGUUCUGACAAACAUGCCGAUAGUAGUACGAUGUCGAACGUUGGCCUGAGGACGAAGAGACGUCCUCCGAGGGGGAAAAGUUUGCUAGCGAGGAUUUACACUCGUGCGGAUCAGCGGUGAUGUCAGCGUACUUCACCGCUGUAAGAGCCAGUGAAAUUAAAAUGCUCACUACUUUCAGCCGGCAGAAAAAAAACCCAGCAGUGAUAACAUCAUUAGCAAAUGAUUCCCCCCCUCCCCCACAUGACCUGUGUGCAUCUGAUCAGAGUCAGAUAAUCCUGAACUCAGCCUGACACUGCUGCCCCCCCCACCCCCCCUCCUCUCAGCAGAGUCCGCUGGGACCCGAACAAGCCAUACCACCCGACGCUAGAUGUGCCACUGUCUCUUAAUAAUAAUGCAUUGCGCAGAAUAGCAUAGUAACAAGCAAUGACGUGCGUCUCUUGGCCUCAUGUAUUUCCUUGGCAUGUUCCAGAGGAGGUUACCGUGGAGCCGAGGAGCUCACACCAAGUGACUUAUCCCAUGAACUCCUCUCCUUCAGUCCUCCUCCUUCACGCUAUGAAAGAAGUGCAAUUGUACCUUGUGCUUUUUAUAUAUUCUACUUAGAGCGCCCUCGAACAGCUCUUUAAGGACAAAGCCGAGCAAACAAAUGAGCUGAUAAAUUCUCCGUCUCUCGCAGUUUGGGUUCCGUGGUCGGCUGCUUGUUCCUCAAAUAACAACACUAAGGGUCUUAACAGCAGGUGAAGGGUUUUGUUCCUUCAAGUUGAGAUGCUUCUGGGAAAAAACACACACACACACACGUUCCCUCCACUUAUGAAUGACUGAUGGAACAAAAAGCAAACAGCUUACUGCGCUCGUUCCUGAGAGCAGGAUAACAUGGAACACAAAUCCUUUGUUGACAAAAUGAUAACUGUUGUUGAAGCUGGAUCCCUGGUUUAGUGAUUCAGAGAUGCCCUCUCUAAAGCCGCCUGCCCCGAGCAACAGUUGCUGUCAGUCCGUAGUUAUAUAAUACUACAGGGGCUUACCUUGAUCGACAGGGAAAUGGCCGUGAGGCUGACGUACGGAAGAGUGAAGCUGCCACAACUCAAAACCAGUUGCACAUAAAUGAGAGCGGAGCAGCAGCGAACGUUCAGAAUUGGACAAGAGACAAAAAGAAUCGUCCUUAAAGACUCGAGGGUGAUGUGAGAUGUUUGUAAAAUUCAAAUCAUCACUAACACAGACGAACACACAUACACAUCACUACUAUUACUACUACUACUACUACUACUACUACAAGUAUUUCUAUACUAUUUUGCAUGUGUUGAGAUGUCAUGUGAACAUGAUACCACGUAUAUGCUGAGAGAAUUGCCUUUCACCAAACUGGUACAACCGAGACAUUUAUUUUACGUAUCUGCUGCGAUAAAUUUGAAUUACCUCAAAACAACAAAGAGUAUUUUUGUAAGACUGUGAAUUGAGAUGCGAGCGAAACGUCUCUUCUCGCACAAGCUGCAAAACACAAAAGCAGAUGCAAAUUUUUUUCUUUUUGUAAGAAAAAAACAACAAAAUAAGCUCAAAGGGAAUCUGAUCGGUUGUGAGAUGUCAGGUUUCUCUGAUCCAGCAGUGCCUCGGCUACGGCUACGAA